AUGGCCGGACUUACCGAAGCCCAAGUCGCCUCCUUCAAGGAGAACGGGUACCUCGUCCUCCCGGACUACCUCACCCCAACCGAGGUCACGACUCUCCUCGCCGAAACAAACAAACUCCUCGAGGAAAUCCCACCCCUCACCCAGUUCACAACGGGCGACGAAACAGUCGACCAUGUAGGCGACGACUACUUCCUGAGCUCAGGCGACAAGAUCCGCUUCUUCUUCGAGCCAGACGCGUUCAGCACCGAGCCGGAUCCAUUGACCGGCCGCGCCGCGCUACUGAAACCCAAAAACCGCGCCGUCAACAAAAUCGGUCAUUCGCUGCAUACCUUGUCUCCUCCAUUCAACGCCAUAUCACUUAACGAGCGGAACGCUGCCGUCGCGCAGUCCCUGGGAUUCGCCGACCCUCGCGUGCUGCAGAGCAUGGUUAUCUGUAAGCAACCCUCCAUUGGUGGAGCUGUGCCGUCACAUCGCGAUUCGGAGUUUUUGUAUACGGAUCCACCCUCUGCCGUAGGCUGGUGGUAUGCGCUGCAGGAUGCGGGACCGGCGAAUGGGACGCUGGGUAUGUACAAGGGGUCGCAUACGGGAAGUAAGGGUGGUCACAUUGCUAGGAGGUUUGUGAGGAAGGAGAAUGACGUGGGUACGGAAUUUAUUGAGAAUCAGGGACCUUCACUCCCCAAAGGCAUGGAGGAGGAGAAGAGUUCGGAGGCUACAGAUGAGGAUCUAGAGAUUCUUGAUAUCAAGGCUGGAUCGCUUGUGCUCAUUCAUGGGAAUGUUUUGCAUAAGAGCGAGAAGAAUACCAGCCUGAAUAGUCGGUAUGCCUAUACCUUCCAUGUUAUUGAAGGUGCGGAGGGGUGGGAGUAUGAUGCACGGAAUUGGUUGCAGCCGCCUGCUAGUGGGUUCUCAAAGUUGAAUGCUUGA